CGACAAUCCCUCCAUGCUCAUCUUCGUCCUCCCAGUACGGAGUAAACGAGUCAAACAACUUCCUUUUAUCUAAACAACCGUUUCCCUUCCCUCCAUCACAAACAAUCUCUCAUCUGGUCCAGAUACCAUUUUCUCUUCCUUCGACACGACAAUUCUUCACUUCUGCAAUUCACACUUGAGCCUCGAGAGGUUCCACCCACACCUCCAUCAAACAUAUAUCAGCCGUCAGCGUCGAUGAGAUAUAUUCUGCCUGCGUGACCUCUCCAUUGACUUCCCGUCCACACCCUCACUGCCACCUCAAGGCAAUAGUAUCUGUCGCCUGGAAUACGCCUCUCAACAUAUAUCCCAGUCAUCUACCAUCAACAUACAGAAUCUCCUCCUCUACUUUGCUACCUAUCUACCUACCUACCUACUUCUAUUGUUUCACUUCAAACCACCGUUGAACAGCCAUGGAUUUCUUGCUCGGAGACUUCUGCUUGUCCUGCGACAGACAAACCAACGGCACCGCCUUCUGUUCCUCGGCCUGUCGUCUCACCCAGCUUGACCACUUCACUCUGGCUGACUCGACGAGUUCGUCUUCAUCCAGUUACACCACCGCCAAACAACGACCUUCCAUGACCAUUUCAACUACCGGCUUCUUCCUUCCACCUGCCUACGAUUUCUCCGUACACCGAACAAACUCCUCAAACUCACUGUCCUCGUCUUCCACGACGUCCCGACCACACUCUCCCAAGAUCUCUGAGCAAGCACAGAACGACUUGAAAGACUAUGUGGGAUCAUUCGAUCAGACAAGAACUCUUCGACGCCGAGUCUCUAUGCAGAGCAAUUAAUACAUGAUACCCUUUCUACACACUACGACAUUUGACAUUGUAUACGACUGUACGGGAACACGACACGAUGAUGGCCGCUGGCGAACCUCUUCAACCUCCUCUUUGUUGAACUUGAUGGAUCAGGGCACUGGGCACAUUCAAAAAAAAGCAUUCUUUGGCGUUUCUCCUUUCUUAUUUACACAACACGAGCACUUGAGUGGGUUGAUGAAGCAUUUGAGCAGGGAGACAUGCAUCAGAUUGGAAUUGACUGGUGUUAUUGCGUGAAGCGUUAGAUGGCUGGACCGUUAUGCAUGUGAUCUCGGAUUGAAGACCUUGUUGGGCGUUGCCUUGGGUUGGGUCAUCACCCCAACUCAAGGAUUGUUAUGGACUUGAUUAUAUGCUUGCAAGGGGUUCAGGGAAUGGGAAUGGACGGGACGGGGAAUGGUCCUUGAGAAUCAGGGCUCGACUGCAUCGAACUUGAUGUGAGAGCUUGUACCGUCGGCGGAGCACAGCACUCUCUGCUUCUUCACCCGCUUCUAUCUUUCUUUUGUUUAUCUUCAUCCGACCAUACGACACUUGACUUUGAAUUUCUUAUCUUUUCACAAGAGUGCAAGAGUGCAAGAGAGAUUUCAGACAGAGUUAUCUACAUAGGUAUCUUUACUUCUCACAUGUCCCUUGGGCCCAAGAGGCUCGGGACUCCAGAAUGACCAAUGUUGCAGUGUCGCAAGAAGACCUGCAUUGAACCACAACA